AUGUCGACUCUCAGCCAGGUAUUUCCCUGUCCUCCAACCUUCACCGAACACAAUCUCCCCGAUCUAUCCGGCAAGGUAUUCAUCGUCACCGGCUCCGCAGUCGGAGUAGGAUACGAACUGGCCAAGAUCCUCUACGAGAAGAACGGGACGGUGUACAUCGCGACGCGGUCAGAGGAGAAGAUCUCCCGGGCCAUCGCCUCCAUCCGGCAGGAGCAUCCAAACAGUCGAGGGCGGCUCGUGCCGCUGAUCGUCGAUCUGGCAGAUUUGACGACCAUCAGGCCGGCAGCAAGGACGUUUCUGGAGCAGGAAAGUCGGCUCGAUGUGUUGGUGCACAAUGCAGGUGUGAUGAGGCCGCCGGCGGGGAGCAAGUCGAAGCAGGGCCACGAUCUCGAAAUGGCUACCAACUGCCUCGGCCCCUUCCUGCUGAACCACCACCUGCAGCACAUCCUCCUGCAAACGGCCCAUCAGGCCGCACAUCCCGGCAGCGUUCGCAUCGUCUGGGUGUCAUCGCUGCUAGGCGUCGGCACCAUCAAGGGCGGUAUGAGUUUUGACCCUGAGACAGGCAGUCCGAAGAUCCCGUCGGACCCGAUGAGCAACUACAUGCAGUCGAAGGUCGGAAAUGUCUUUCUGGCGCACGAGUGUGCGAAGAGGUUGGGAGGGGAGGGGAUUUUGAGUAUGAGCGUCCAUCCAGGCCUGAUGAAGACAGAGCUGCAGCGACAUAUGAAUCCGAUGGUGGGCAAAAUAAUGCACCUCAUCCUCAAACCCGCCAAAUACGGCGCCUACAGCGAGCUUUACGCCGGAUUCUCGCCCGAUGUCACGCUCGAACACAACGGCGGAUUGAUCAUCCCCUGGGGACGUCACGGCACGAUUCCGGAGGAUAUUGCAAGAGGACUGAAAUCGACAGGUGAAGGGGGCAUGGGGCUCUCGCAGCGGUUUUGGGAUUGUACACACACUGCUAAGCUGCAGAUAGCAGAUAAACUAGAUAAUACCGCCGAAAUUUUCCCUUCCAGAUCCAGUCUGCAGUCGAUGCAUUUCCUUUUCCUAUCUGGAGGACGGACUCACGAGACUAGACAUCUUGGCGAUGGUCUAGCUGGGUUAUUAGUUCCAACGGUCUUUGUUUCCUCUAGCUGUGUUUUCGAGUAUCCUCCCUUCUCCCUUCUCUCAUGCUCCAUGAUCCCUCGCGACGACAGCCACCGCGGAGCCGACAGCAAACCUAUAUCGAGCGGACCCGGGCCCGUCCUCGCCAUCGCCCUCAGCGCACCCCUAGGCGGGCUGCUAUUCCUCGAUCUGGGCAUAUGGCUGUGCAAUCGACAGAUUAGCGGGCGGAGGACCGCGGCGGCAGCACCGUCAGCACCAUCGCAAGGUGGCGAUGCGAAUGCGAAUUGCAACUACAGAACAGAGCACUGCGGCUGGUCACAGUCUGAGGGAGUAUUACGCUCCUGCGCAUAUGUCUGGUGGGCGGGGAGAAUAGGUAUGCAUAUGCAGCUAGCAAGGCGAGUCACGGUUGAUGGAAUAUUAAUGUGGAUGGCUGCUCUGUCAUUGGAUGUCUGGCUUGCAGUACAAUCCAAUACAUGA